CUCGAAUCUUCCUCCUAAAGCUUUCGGCUUUAGCCUCGUAAAAAAAGUUGAGGUCGCGCGUCGCAUUGCUUGACCGACGCAUUGAACGACGCAACAGAGACUCGCUCUCCCACAUCCUUCGCCGGCCGGACAAGAUGAUACGCCCCAGGUUAAGAAUACCGCGGAUACCGCAGCUCGGCCAGGCGCCGGUGCUGUCGACGGCGUCUCUGUCCCUGACGUUUCGGAGGUCGAUGCACAGGGUACCCAAGCUCGACUACAACCACCUCCCAGGCCUCCCGGGCCUCCUCUCCCCCGCCGCUAUGAAGAUCGCGUGGACAGAGUACCAGACUGUCAUUCUCGAGAAGCUGAACCAGGCCACCAGCGAGACGAACUGGGCAAACCAAGACAUAAAGUCUGUCGUGAUGGAGUCGUCGCGCGAGCCCGAAAACGCCGUCGUCUUCAACCAUGCCAGCAUGGCCCACAACAACCACUUCUUCUUCAAGCAGCUGUCGCCCGAGCCCACCGAAAUGAGCGAACUCCUGAAGACGAACCUCGAGAAGACCUUCAUGUCCAUCGAGACGCUCAGGCGCGAGAUGAUAUACACGGCCGAUGCCAUGUUCGGCCCGGGCUUCGUCUGGCUCGUCAAGGUCCCGCUCCAGGGCAUGCCCACCGCCUUCCAGGUGCUCACAACCUACCUGGCCGGCUCGCCCUACCCCAAUGCCCACUGGCGCCGCCAGGACAUGGACAUGAACACGGCCGUGGGCCAGUCAGAGCAGGGUCUCCUCGCGGGGCGCAAGUUCCUGCAAAACACUGCAUUUGGUAUUGGCAACCGGGCGUCAGAGGCCUCGAAGAAGGUCAUGUUAUCCCCGGGCGGCAUCAACGUGAUCCCCAUCCUCUGCUUGAACACGUGGGAACACGUGUGGCUGCCAGACUACGGCUUCGGCGGUAACGGCUCGCCCGACAAGGGCAAGCUAGCCUUUUACGAGCGUUGGUGGAACAAGAUCGACUGGCAAAAGGUAGAGGACGUGGCCGACAUCUCAAGGCUAGGCAUGAAGGGCGUGUAGUCAAGGUUGAGAUUUAGAGUCUUGACUCGGGUUGUUUCGCUAGAGUCUGCCCCGGCAAAAUCUUGGAGUUGUAGGAUAGAAUGGAGCAAGAAAUGCUACAUUGCGAGGUCUAGAGGAGGUGGAUACCAUGUAAAAAAGGUACUUAUGUGUAUAGCAUACUCGAGCAAAAAAUAAUUGAAACAAUUCACUCCUCCGCCCAAGUGGUUGCCUUACUUGGCCUUCAGUUCACUCUUUGUCUGAGAGGGUCUCCAGGCUGUUAGUAGAGGCGCGCCUUCUCUGCUCGACCCUGUUACCCAGGUAGAGUCUACAAUGAAACUCUAUGACACAGGGCAUUAAUCAUCUCUGAAAGGGGCUAGGAAAGUCAUCAUUGCUAGGAUAUUUCUUUCGUUAUUCAUCUCGUCCUAUCUCUGUAGUUCCAUCCCACAUGAGCCAUAACUAGUUUAAGC